AUGUCAGAUGACAAAAAGCAAUCCCUGCAGAAAUUACAGCAACUACUUCAGUCUUUGCAAGUAGGUCAACAGGUGAACGAAACCAGCAGCCUUCCACCUAAAAGAAAGGAUGAAUAUAAAUUUUGGAGAACACAACCUGUUGCCAGCUUUGAGGAAAAGAUUCAGUCCGAAGGACCCAUAGAGGAACGAAAAACUCCUGCUGAUAUUCCUGAUAGUCCUAUUCCGCUGUUAUCAAGCUUUGAAUGGGUGAUUGUUGAUAUGGAAGAUGAUCACCAGGCUGAUCAGUUGUAUGAGCUUCUCUGUAACCAUUACGUAGAAGACAAAGACUCUUCACUUCGGUUCCAAUAUAGCCAGAGGUUCCUAAAAUGGGCGUUAAAAUCCCCACGUUGGAAGAAAGAUUGGCAUGUGGGUGUGCGUGUCAAAGAAUCUGGAAAGUUAGUCGCCUUUAUCAGUGCAAUCCCCGUGAACCUGUCUGUCCGUGAGAAGAAAAUCGAAUCUGUUGAGAUUAACUUCCUCUGUGUGCACAAACAACUUAGAUCCAAGCGUUUGGCUCCAAUUUUGAUCAAAGAGAUUACUAGGCGUGUUAACAAAUGUGAUAUUUGGCAUGCUCUUUAUUCUGGUGGUGGUGUAAUUCCUACUCCAGUGUCGACGUGCCGAUACACACACCGCCCGCUUAACUUUGGCAAACUCUACGAGUGCGGCUUUUCAGGCUUACCACACAAUACUACUAAGGAACAGAUGAUUUCCAGAUACACCAUUGGCUCGUCCACUAAACUACCUGGACUUAGGCCCUUGGAAUCUAAGGAUCUAGGCAAGGUGAAAGUACUUUUCGAUACCUUUCAAUCGAAGUAUGAAUUGUAUCAAAAUUUCACAACAGAAGAGCUAGAACACUGGCUUCUUGGAGACAAGGAACAACAAAAUUUGCAAAACCAAAAUGAAAAAGUCAUCCAAAGUUUUGUUGUAGAGAACGACUCAGGUGAGAUUACAGAUUUCGUAUCAUUCUAUAUCUUACCUUUUGGUGUCUUACAGGGCAACGUUCAUAAGACCGUGAACGUUGCUUAUCUGUUCUACUAUGCAACUACUGCAGGCUUGAAGAAACUUUCUGAUGAUGCUGAAGCUACAAAAGUUUUGAAACACAGGCUGAUAGAGCUGGUUGGCGAUGUUCUCGUGUUAGCUAAGCGACUGGAAAUCGAUGUUCUGAACGCAUUGACGUCCCAGGAUAAUACUCUUUUUCUACAAGAUUUAAAGUUUGGGCUCGGUGAUGGUUAUUUGCAUUUUUACCUCUUCAACUAUAGAGCAUUUCCAAUCGAUGGAGGAAUUGACAAGGAGACAGGUAAGUUUGAUGAGGUAAGACGAAGUAAAGUUGGUGUGGUUAUGCUGUAA